GUGUGCCGCUUAUUAUUCCAGCUGAAUAGAGAGGUGGAAGCAGAAGCAUUGCCUGGAGGAGCCUGAGAAAGAGACGCAACAAUGGGGAUCGGAUCCUGCACUUCCAAGGCCUGCCUUAUCUUCAUCAGCCUCAUCUUCCUGGUGGCAGCAGCUGCACUGGCAUAUGUCGGUAUUAAUGCCAUCAUCACCUACAAGCAAUAUGAGAAUUUCUUGGGGAACAUGUAUGUGAUGCUUCCAUCCGUGAUCAUUCUAUGUGUGGCCGUGUUCAUGUUCAUCAUUGGAUGCCUCGGCUUCUGUUCCACCAUUCAGGAAUCCAGCUGCGGACUGGGAUGUUUCAUCACUCUGAUAUCCAUCAUAUUGGCCGCUGGAGUGGCGUCUCUUGUGUUGGGACUCGUAUAUAAAGAUAAGAUUAAUCCAGAACUGGAGAAAAACAUGGACCUCUUAUUCCAGAAGUACGAUGCUAAAAAUGUGGAAAGUUCCACUGUGGACUUCAUCCAAGAGGAGUUGCAGUGCUGUGGAAUCAAGAACUACACCAGCUGGGAGAACACAACCUGGUAUAGAACCAAUCACACCGUGCCCAAAAGCUGCUGUAUGAAGAAUGCCACUCAGUGUACAGGAGAUCUGAAGGAACCUGGAAAGCUCUACAAUGAGGGCUGUGAGGCUAAACUAGAGAACGUACUACACAAAGUCCUCAGCUUCUCCAUGCUGAUCAUUCUCGGCUUCGUGAUCAUUGAGCUCAUUUGUUUGAUCAGCUUGUGCGUGGUCUAUCACAAAAGAGACUAUCAGGGAUACGAGAUACUCUAGAAUGAGACAAGAUGCACCUGGAAUGCGAACUAACACUCGGAACAUCACAUUUGCCUAUUUUUGCUACUUGUAUAUACUUGCAAUUGUUUAACGCUCCUCUUUGGACUUUCUUAUAUUAUUGAGCUCAGAAGAGGCUGAAGAUGUACAGUAGAUAUAACUUUCCAAAAUCCCCAUUCAGUGCAGCAGGUCUUGGACUAGGAUGCUAAUCUACUCCAUUUAAGUCUAUUUAAUAAAAUCUGGUAGAGAUCACUGUACAUGUGAUUUAAGGGAAGGGGGGCGCUCAGUUUAUACUGAAUUCUGAUGUGGGCUACUGCAUGCUGUACAUUGCAGUCUACAAUAAGCUAACUUGCAUACCUUCUAUUCGUAUACAUUUUGUUUUUUGUUAACUUUUUUGGUGUAAAUAAUGUGUCUGAUUCUGAAACUUUUUGGAAUAAAAAAGCCACUGAAUACAA